AUGAUCAAGUCUGAGCAGGCUGUGGAAUUUUUCCUUGACAUCAUCCACCGCUUUGGAGUACCGAACUCCAUCAUCACGGACAAUGGAAUGCAGUUUACGGGAAAGGAAAUUCUCAAGUUCUGCGAUGACUACCUUAUCCGAGUCGAUUGGGCUACCAUGGGGCACCCCCGCACGAAUGGGCAUGUCGAACGCGUGAAUGGCAUGGUCUCACAGGGGCUCAAGCCUAGAAUCUUCAACCGACUGAAGAAAUUCGCCGGGCGGUGGGUUGCCGAGCUCCCUGCGGUCCUAUGGUGCCUCAGGACAUCCCCCAGUCGGGCAACCAGUUUCACCCCUUUCUUCAUGGUCUACGGUUCCGAGGCGGUGCUCCCGACUAACCUAGACUACAGAGCACCUAGGGUCAGGGCGUACAAUGAACAAGGAGCAGAGGUGUCCCUCGAGGAUGCAAUGGACCAGCUCGACGAGGCAUGCGAUGUCACGCUACUUCGAUCGGCCAAGUACCAGCAGACACUACGACGGUACCACGGCCGCCGAGUGUGGGGUCGGGCAUUCAACAUUGGCGACUUGGUGCUACGGCUCGUCUAG